AUGGCUUUUGACGAUCCAUUUAACACUGACGCUACUAACAUGGGUGAUGGUGCAUCAAACAACUUUUACAAUUAUAAUGAUGAAGAUCCUGCUGCUGAAUUUCUCGAACGGGAAAAACGUGAAUUAGCUGAUAUUACAGGCGAUACAGAUUCGAAUCUAUUUGCUAAUGCAUUUGAUACACGUAAUAAUGUUUUCAAUGGCGCAGUUUCACCAAAUUUAAAUGUUGGCGGAAGUUAUUCUUCGAUACCAACAAGUACUUCGCCUUAUCAAGGAUUAUCGGAUUUGAGUGAACAAAUAAAUGAACCGGAAAAAAUUCGAAAAUGGAGAGAAGAAUUUUCAGCACGUAUCAGUAAAAAAGAUACAGAAGAAGAAAUCAAACAUAAAGAAAUGCAGGAACAAGCUAGGAAAGAAUUAGAUGAUUUUUAUAAACAACGGACCGAACAAUUAGAACGUACGAAAGGCCAAAAUCGUACAAAUAAUCGUACAUUAGAAGAUGAUAUUUUUAAUAAUCGUAAUAGUUCAACAUCUAAUGGUAAAGUCAGUGAUUGGGAUAAAAUAACAAGUUUAUGUGAAUUCAAUCCGAAAAAUAAUCGUUCACAGAAAGAUUUAACACGUUAUAGAAGUGUUUUACUUCAAUUGAAACAACAACAAACAAGUGGAAAAUAA